AUGCUGUUUGAGGAGAGUUGUGUGAGUGUGUGUUGACAUUCGAGAACAAGAGGGUGCCAGGUAUUAGUGCGGCUCGCUUCUUCUGGACUUUUCUGGAGUUCUGAACCGAAAUAGCCUUCUACAUGUUGGAUUAAAUCACUAACGGAUCUUUUUAUACAAGAUGAGCGAAGACGCCAAGGAGAAAGGGACCAGCAAACAGGCACAGCGCAAGAAGAAGGGCAAAAAGACUGACAGCAAUGCCAGUUACCUGCGAGCAGCCCGGGCUGGAAACCUUGAGAAAGCCCUUGAAUACAUAAAGACUGGCGUCGACAUCAACAUCUGCAACCAGAAUGGUUUGAACGCUCUUCAUCUAGCGUCUAAAGAAGGCCAUGUGGAGGUCGUGGCCGAGCUUAUAAAACUUGGUGCCGCUGUGGGUGCUGCAACAAAGAAAGGAAACAGUGCUCUGCACAUAGCAUCACUCGCCGGACAGGUGGAUGUCGUGAAGGAACUGGUGACUAAUGGAGCGAAUAUCAAUGCCCAGUCUCAGAAUGGAUUCACACCACUCUAUAUGGCUGCCCAGGAAAAUCAUCUGGACGUGGUUAAAUACCUCCUGGACAAUGGAUCGAGUCAGAGCAUUGCCACAGAGGACGGUUUUACUCCUCUGGCCGUAGCUCUCCAGCAGGGUCAUGAUCAGGUGGUGUCUCUGCUCCUGGAGAAUGACACCAAGGGCAAGGUGCGGUUACCCGCCCUGCACAUCGCCGCCCGGAAGGAUGACACAAAAGCAGCGGCACUGCUACUGCAAAAUGACCAUAAUGCAGAUAUCGAAUCCAAGAUGAUGGUGAAUAGAACGACAGAGAGUGGCUUCACCCCUCUCCACAUAGCAGCUCACUACGGCAACAUCAAUGUAGCGACCCUUCUCCUGAACCGCGGGGCUGCCGUAGACUUCAAGGCGAGGAAUGACAUCACACCUCUCCAUGUGGCGUCAAAAAGAGGAAACAGCAACAUGGUCAGACUGCUGCUGGAGCGAGGGGCACGAAUCGAUGCCAAAACCAAGGACGGCCUGACACCUUUGCACUGUGGAGCGAGGAGCGGUCAUGAGCAAGUUGUUGAGAUGUUGCUAGAUCGUGGAGCUCCAGUCCUUUCUAAGACAAAGAAUGGUCUGUCCCCAUUGCACAUGGCCACACAGGGAGAUCACCUGAACUGUGUUCAACUCUUGCUCCACCAUGAAGUACCCGUGGACGACGUCACCAACGAUUAUCUGACCGCGCUGCACGUCGCUGCCCACUGUGGACACUACAAAGUUGCCAAGGUCCUUGUGGACAAGAGGGCCAACCCUAAUGCCAAAGCACUGAAUGGUUUUACACCACUUCACAUCGCCUGCAAGAAGAACAGGAUUAAAGUGAUGGAGCUACUGCUGAAACAUGGAGCAUCCAUUCAGGCUGUUACUGAGUCUGGACUUACGCCGAUUCAUGUGGCCGCUUUUAUGGGCCAUGAAAACAUUGUGACACAAUUGACAAAUCAUGGAGCGUCUUCUAACACGAUGAAUGUGAGGGGAGAGACGGCACUCCAUAUGGCUGCCAGGGCGGGACAAGCAAACGUGGUGAAGUUCCUGGUGGCAAAUGGGGCAGAUGUGGAUGCCAAAGCCAAGGACGAUCAGACCCCAUUGCAUAUCUCCAGUCGUCUGGGAAAACCAGAUAUAGUCCAGCAGCUGCUGCAACAUGGAGCUUCACCCAAUGCCACCACUACAUCCGGAUACACACCGCUCCACCUGGCUGCACGGGACGGCCACAAAGACAUGGCGUCCAUCCUGCUGGACAACGGAGCAUCUCUUAGCAUCACCACCAAGAAAGGGUUCACUCCUCUGCAUGUUGCAGCCAAGUACGGGAAGAUUGAAGUUGCCAACUUGCUGCUACAGAAGCGAGCGCCACCUGACGCAGCUGGAAAGAGUGGACUAACACCACUGCAUGUUGCUGCACACUACGAUAACCAGAAAGUGGCCCUUCUUCUGUUGGAUCAGGGAGCGUCCCCACACGCAGCAGCAAAGAAUGGUUAUACACCACUGCACAUAGCUGCCAAGAAGAAUCAGAUGGAGAUAGCCACAACACUGCUGGAGUAUGGAGCUGAUACCAACGGCAUGACGCGCCAGGGCAUCAGCCCGCUUCACCUCGCAGCCCAGGAGGGCAACGUCGACAUGGUGACCCUCCUGCUCGCCCGAGAAGCCACUAUCAAUCUGGGAAACAAGAGUGGACUGACCCCUCUUCACUUGGCGGCUCAAGAGGACAAAGUCAAUGUUUCAGAAGUGCUGGUUAAUCACGGUGCCACAGUGGACCCAGAGACUAAGAUGGGAUACACCCCCCUGCACGUGGCCUGUCACUAUGGCAAUGUGAAGAUGGUUCACUUCCUGUUAAAGAACCAGGCUAAAGUCAAUGCCAAAACUAAGAAUGGAUAUACACCUCUUCAUCAGGCCGCUCAGCAGGGUCACACACACAUCAUUAAUCUUCUGCUGCAGCACGGAGCUUCUCCUAAUGAACUUACAGUGAAUGGAAACACAGCCUUAGCUAUCGCCAGGCGCCUGGGUUACAUCUCUGUGGUUGACACACUUAAAGUCGUGACCGAGGAAACUCACACCACUACGACAGUGACGGAAAAACAUAAAAUGAAUGUUCCAGAAACAAUGAACGAAAUUUUGGACAUGUCAGAUGAUGAAGUUCGUAGAGCCAAUGUGCCUGAAAUGCUCUAUGAGGACUAUAUGUCAGAUGUUGAAGAAGGUGAUGAUGCGAUGACAGGAGACACGGAUAAGUACCUGGGUCCGCAGGAUCUGCGGGAGCUCGGAGACGACUCCCUGCCUCAAGAGGGAUACGUGGGCUUCAGUGUCGGAGCUCGUACGGCGAGCCUGCGCUCCUUCAGUUCGGAUAGGUCCAACACACUCAACCGGAGCUCCUUCACCCGAGACAGCAUGAUGAUCGAAGAGAUCCUGGCUCCAACCAAGGAAACGCACCUGGCUUUAGCUAAAGAGUACAACACUGACCCGCUGAGGCGCUACAGCUGGACGCCAGACACUCUGGAUAAUGUAAACUUGGUGUCCAGCCCCGUUCAUUCAGGGUUUCUGGUGAGCUUCAUGGUGGACGCCCGUGGCGGUUCCAUGCGAGGAAGUCGCCACAAUGGUAUGCGCAUCAUCAUCCCACCGCGCAAGUGCACCGCACCCACACGCAUCACGUGCCGCCUGGUUAAGAGACACAAGCUGGCAUCCCUGCCGCCCAUGGUGGAGGGCGAGGGGCUGGCAAGCAGGCUGGUGGAGGUGGGCCCUGCAGGGGCACAGUUUUUGGGCCCUGUAAUUGUGGAGAUCCCUCACUUUGGGUCCAUGAGAGGAAAAGAACGAGAGCUCAUCAUGCUCAGAAGUGAGAAUGGAGAGACUUGGAAAGAGCAUCAUUAUGACUGCAAAACUGAAGACCUCAAUGAACUCCUCAAUGGCAUGGAUGAAGAGUUGGACAGCCCAGCUGAUCUGGAGCAGAAGCGCAUCUGCCGGAUCAUCACAAAGGACUUCCCACAGUACUUUGCAGUGGUGUCCCGGAUCAAACAGGAGAGUAAUCAGAUGGGUCCAGAGGGAGGGGUUCUGUCCAGCAUAACGGUUCCUCUGGUCCAGGCCUCAUUCCCUGAGGGUGCACUCACCAAGAAGAUCAGAGUUGGACUGCAGGCCCAGCCUGUUCCAGAUGAGGCUGUGAAGAAGAUUAUAGGUAAUCGUGCAACCUUCAGCCCCAUAGUGACAGUGGAGCCUCGCAGGAGGAAGUUUCAUAAGCCAAUCACCAUGACCGUACCAAUGCCUCCACUCUCUGGAGAGGGUGUAGUCAAUGGAUACAAAGGAGACACCACACCCAGCCUACGCCUCCUGUGCAGUAUAACUGGUGGCACAUCAAUGGCUCAGUGGGAGGACAUCACUGGUACCACACCUCUCACUUUCAUGAAUGACUGUGUGUCCUUCACCACAAAUGUAUCUGCCAGGUUUUGGCUUGCAGACUGCCACCAGAUUCCAGAGACUGUAGGGUUGGCCACUCAGUUAUACAGGGAGCUCAUCUGUGUGCCCUACAUGGCCAAGUUUGUGGUGUUUGCCAAAAUGAAUGACCCUGUGGAGUCCAGCCUGCGAUGCUUCUGUAUGACAGACGAUAAAGUGGACAAAACUCUGGAACAACAGGAGAAUUUUGAGGAGGUGGCCAGAAGCAAAGACAUUGAGGUACUGGAAGGGAAACCCAUCCAUGUGGACUGUUAUGGCAAUUUGGCCCCUCUGACCAAAGCUGGACAGCAUCUGGUUUUCAACUUCUACGCAUUCAAGGAAAACAGACUCCCAUUCUGUGUGAAGAUCAGAGAUAGCAGCCAAGAGCCCUGUGGCCGUCUGUCCUUCCUCAGAGAGGUCAAAACCUCCAAGGGUCUUGCUCAGACUCCUAUCUGUAACUUAAAUAUCACACUGCCAGGACUGAAAAAGGAUGAGGAUUCAGAUCCUGAGGAAGAGACUGAAAAGCCAGAACGACGUCAUACCUUUGCAUCUCUAGCCUUACGUAAGCGCUACAGCUAUCUGACCGAGCCUGGAAUGAAAACAGUUGAACGAAGUACAACAAGAACACUGCCUGCUGGUUACGCUCACAAACCUGUCUUUUCAACAAGAUCUUACCAGGCAUGGUCGACGACUCCUAUUACCGUCCCUGGGCAAACAAAAUGUGGACUGGGUUCCCUCUCCAGUUCACCUUCCAACACGCCAUCUGCUUCACCAUUAAAAUCUGUAUGGUCCAUUUCGUCUGCUUCUCCAAUCAAGUCCACCCUCGGAGCUUCCAACGCUUCUCCUGCAGUUAGCGAUAUAGUGUCACCCAUUAGAACAUAUAGGUCCAUGUCAUCUCCCAUAAAGACUGUGGUUCAACAACCCCAAAAUCAAGUUCCAGUUAUUUCAAAUCUCCUAUCUUCACCGGGUAAAACUGGCACAGAUCCCGUGUCCAUUAAGGGGCUUGCUGCUUCAUUGUCCUCAAGAGCUAACUUGAUUUCGUCACCUGGAUCCUUGCAAGACAGAACAUUCACCACAGUAACCCAACCUGACUCUGUAAAUUCAACCACAAAUACAUACACAUCUUUAUCAUUCAAAUCAGCCCUGGCCCCUACAAGUACACCAGUGUCUUCACCCAUUCGAAGCAUAUCAAGUUUGUCCACUAUUAAAACUAUCACGGAUACAGCUAGAGGACCAAUCCUGUCACCUCUGUCUUUAUCAGCUAAGCCUACAACAGCCAUUAAUGAACCAGCCUUAUUAAAUGGAUCAAUUUCACCAAUAAAAUACCCCUCAUCUUUUUCAGCAUCAUCCCGUCUGUUCUCAGGAGGGGCUUACAGCUUGCAAGAGCGGAUACAUGCAACAACGCAAGCAGCUACAGCCAGUGUUGGUGCAUUUUUUUCAGAGACUGAAAAAACAGUUACAGAUGGCUCUGCAUCCAACUAUAGCACACUAAAAUCUAUGUCUUCACCUCUGAGGUCCAAUUUGACAAGUUCUGUUUAUGAUUCUAUUAGAUCACCAGUUACCAUCACAACGUCAAUAUCAUCAACUUCCAUGACUGUGCCAGUAUUCUCCAUGGUCAAUGUACUUCCUGAACCCCAAGCGAAGAGAGUACCAGAGAAAAUAGCACUCACACCUCAGACACACCCUCAAGUACAAUCCUCCACAUCUAGAGUGAAACCCUCAAAGCCCUCGCUUUUUAUUUCCCCAACAGCCCUCAAAGCAACUGCAUCACCCACACAGACAUCCAGUCAAGAGAUUCUGAAGGACGUGGCAGAUAUGAAGGAAGAUCUAAUUAGAAUGACAGCAAUCUUACAAACUGACUCCUCAACUGCAGCCAAAAGCAUUCAGUCGCAUGUUUCUAAAGAGUCUAAAAUGGAGGAUGAGGAGCCUUUCAGUUUGGUUGAGAAAGUUAAAGAGGACCUUGUCAAAGUUAGUGAAAUUCUCACAAAGGAUGUCCUGAGUGAGGCUAGAAGCUUAAAUAAAGAUAGGGCCUCAGAGGAUGAAUGGGAGGAGUUCUCCAAAGAUGAAAUCGAGGAGGCAAGGCAGUGUGCCCUGCGAUCCCUCCCGACAUUUGAACCAACCCUUCCUGUUGGGGCUCAGUUAGUGCCGGACAAAGAUCUAAAUUUAGCUAAAGUAGUUGACUACUUAAUAAAUGAUAUAGGUGCUAGUUCCCUCUCAAAAAUAGCUGAUGUAAAGAGCAGAUAUGAUGAGAUAAAAAAGGAGGGAGAGGAAAAACAGAAGCGCACCAUAAAACCUGAGCACAAGCUCAAAAUGCCACCCACAGGUAUGCGAACCUCUCCCUCCGAGAAAGACUUAAGUAAGCUAGCUGACUCCUAUAGUGGCCCAGAUGCAAUCCUGGAAUCUCCUGAUGAUUUUUCCCAUGAACAAGAUAAGAGUCCACUCUCAGAUAGUGGUUUUGAAACCAGAAGUGAAAAGACCCCAUCAGCUCCUCAGAGUGCAGAAAGCACAGGCCCCAAACCACCCUUCACAGAUGUGCCUAUUCCCCCUGUCAUAACAGAAACCAGAACUGAGGUUGUUCACGUCAUCAGGAGCUAUGAACAUCCUGAGGAGGCCUGUGAGGCACUAAUGGAUGACGCAGCAGCUUUGAAGCCUCCUACAUGCAUUGAACCUGAGCCAGUGGUUAGCCCAAUUAAAGACAAGUUUAAGGCCUUGCACAUGAAAGUCAACUCUGAGGAGCUGGCAUGUGUCAAAGAAGAAACUCAUAUUACCACUACAACUCGAAUGGUUUACCAUAAACCUCAACUGAAAGAUGCAGGCUCUGAGAGGAUUGAAGAAACAAUGUCGGUCCGAGACAUAAUGAAAGCUUUUCAGUCUGGAAGAGACCCUUCCAAAGAACUAUCUGGUUUAUUUGAGCACAAAGCUGGCAAAGAUGCUAUUAAAGGGGAUGAAUUGUCCCCAAGGUUUCUUGAAAAGGACAAAAAACCCAAAGUUGAGAGAAUUAUUGAGGUCCACAUAGAAAAGGGCAACACAACUGACCCAACUGAAGUUAUAAUAAAAGAGACCAAAAAGCACCCCGAGUUUGUAUGCAAGGGUGACCGAGGUCUCAAGGAGCUUGUUGAUAGGGUUGAGGGUGAUUAUGAGGCUCUUCAAGAUGAGGAGGAACUUACUGCUGAAGAAUCACUGCCGUUCUUUUUAGACACAUCCAGAGUCAAUACCCCUGUCAUUCAAGAGGAAGAAAGUCAUCCCAGUUCUGCUCAGCUCAUUGUCGAUGAAUCAUACAAAGCUUUAAAGCUUCUAAGCCAGCAUUCAAUUGAGUAUCAUGACGAUGAGCUAUCUGAGCUGAGAGGGGAGUCAUAUAGGUUUGCUGAGAAAAUGUUGCUCUCUGAAAAAUUAGAUAUCUCACAUUCUGAUACAGAGGACUCGGUGGUAGACCAGACACAUAGCUUAGCCACUGAGGCGCAAGGGACAGAAGGCUUUUAUGGAGAAAAUAUAGCUGGCCCCAAGGAGUCGAAAUUCAGGUCAGCAAGGGACGCAUCAGAAAAAUCAGGUAAAUUCCCCCAACAAGAUGACCAAUAUGACAAAGUUACAGUAUUACAUUACACCACAGAACCUAGUAGCCCCAAACAUGCAGUCUGGAUGCAUUUUACCCAAGACAGACAGGAAAGGAACAGAGAGAAGCUGAUUUAUGAAGAUAGAGUAGAUCGAAGUAUUAAAGAGGCAGAGGAGAAACUAAGUGAAGUCUCACAGUUUUUUAGAGACAAAACAGAAAAACUAAAUGAUGAGCUCCAGACCCCUGAGAAAAAGACAACCACAAGACUCUCGAGGGAGACACGGUCAGGGCCUAGUUCAAUGUGCAGUAGCCCUGAGAAAAAGCAAAAGAGUACAGGUGAGGAAUGGGACAAAGGCAGGCAGAAAAUGUUUGGCAGUACAAAUGAAAGGAAGAGUGCAAGUCUGCCAAACAGUCCAGAGAGAAAUAUGUUUUCACACUUCAGUGAGGACAAAUCAAAACAGGAUGAUGCUCCUCAGCAGUCAAAAGUAGGCCCCCCAGUCCCAGUUAAGACUUCUAGAGUUAGCUCUGUUAGACAGAAGUUUGAAACAGAAGCACAGAAACAAGUUAACAAUGUGCCCAUGACACAAUUAAAACAAAGUAAAUUACCUGUAUACCAGUUUUCUGCUGGUUCGAAAACUUUGAAGGCUGAUUCAGUAGAUGAAGGAAAGACACCUUCUGGAAAAUUAACUACUGCACAAGGUCCUCAGAGUUGCAAAGUUCAAGGUUAUCAGAGUAGUGGAGCUGUUGUCUCAAAGCAGCCAUGUGACAAAAUUUUACCUGAAAUAUCUCACACAUCAGAAAUCAAUGAGAAGUUUGAGGAACAUAAGAGCAAUCAAGAGUUUGAUAAAAAUCAAGAGAGCUUUACAAAAGUGCACUCUCAUGAUGUGAAAGAUGGGUAUACAACCAUUAGGCAAAGUGAAAUUAGUGAUGUUAAACAGCAGCAGUGUUUUAAAAGAGACACUAAAAGUGAGACAAUUGAAAUAGCUGUUUCCUUACCCAAGGAUAGUAUCAAUCGAAAAGACUUGCACGUGAAAACCCUCAAGAAAAAGACAGAAUCUCAUAUUCCUGUAAGAACAUUAUCUAGUCCUUCAGAGUCUGAUGUAUCAAAGAAAGUAAAUCAAGACACAUUAACUAAUCAAUCUGAAAAUAGCCCAUCCCACAUACCUACCUUGACCAAACCAAGGGUUCAGGGUCGUGCAGAGUUACAAAGAGAGGAAGCUGCAUCAAAGAAGUCUCAAGAAGUCUCUGUAGAAGGUAGAACAACAAGUUGUGAGAGUAGUUCGGUGGAAAAGAUAUCCACUGUUACAACAAGAGAAAGUUUCAAAGGGCUGAAAGCAUUACCAGUUUAUGUAAGUGUACAGGUAGGAAAGCAGUCUGAGAAAGAUGCAGCAUCAGGGGGAAAUGGAACAUUCAAAAAGAUGGUCAGCUCAGAGAGUAGAACAAUUUACGCAGUAAAACAAAAACAGCCCACAUCUCCUCAAGGCAGCCCAGAUGAUGACACUCUAGAGCAGUUAUCUUUUAUAGAUAGCUCAGGGAAAAGCCCAAUGACUCCAGACACCCCAAGCUCAGAAGAGGUCAGCUAUGAUCUUACCUUGAGAACCCCAGACUCUUUCAUUGCAUUCAUGCCAGGUAUUGUUAGCCCAAUAGCAGAGGUUUCUGAAGAUUCAGAAGAUAGUGAACAAGGCAAAACUAUGCCUUUGAAAGAAUCUGCCCCUGAAAAAACAGCUAGUGGAAAAUACGAAAUUAGUCAGGAGACGAAAGACAAACGAGUUGCAUAUAUAGAGUUUCCUCCUCCACCACCUUUGGAUUCUGAUUCAUCGCAGCCUGAGAAAAAAGGCUCAACUUCUUCUUCAGAGGCUGAGACUGAGAUGAUGGAAGUAAAUCUUCAAGAGGAGCAUGAUAAACAUCUGCUUGCUAAACCCAUCAUAAGAGUUCAGCCACCAUCUCCUGUGCUCCACGGAGCAAAUGACAGUGAUUCAAGUGAGGAAGAAUCAGUCUUUAAACCCAUUCCAAUUAAGAAAUAUGCAUUUAAGCUUGAUGAGGACAAAGAUGCGAAGGAAAGCCAAUCCAAAAAACAUGAUAAGAAUGGGAAUCAUAAAGAACCAGAGGAAAGUGGUAAUGGAAAUUCAGAUGAUAAUGAUUAUGAACAAAAUGGCAAUGAUCAGUCCAUCACAGAUUGCUCAAUAGCGACAACUGCAGAGUUCUCUCACGACACAGAUGCUACAGAAAUUGACUCUCUUGAUGGAUAUGAACUUCAAGAUGAGGAUGAUGGCCUGUGUGAAAAUUUUGCCAAGCCAUUUGGUUUUCCCAAUGAGAACAGAAAAGACAUUUGGGUAUCAGAUAAUAUGGCCAGGCUAAGUGACCGUUGCCAAAGUAAACUUGAAGUAAUUCAAGAAGAAUCACCAGCUGAGGAGUGCAAAAAAGCCAAAGCUAAAACUGAUCCCUCAAACAAAAAGAAUGGAAAAGACAAUGAAAAGGAUGGAAAACAAUCUGAUCAAGGUGUGUCGGAUACAUACUUUAGUUACAAGCUAGAUGAGGAGUUUAAUACUCCUUUUAAAACUGUUGCAACAAAAGGCUUUGAUCCUUGGUCAUCCAAGGGAGGAGAAGAUGAAGUUGUGGAUGCUAGAAUUAAAGAUGAUGAACCCAAGCCUUUUGGACUUGCAGUAGAUGACAUGUCUACAGCAACAACCCCUGACACAACUCCUGCAAGAACCCCGACCGAUGAAAGCACACCAACUAGCGAGCCCAAUCCUUUUCCCUUCCACGAAGGGAAGAUGUUUGAGAUGACCCGCAGUGGUGCGAUUGACAUGAGCAAGCGUGAUUUUGUUGAAGAAAGACUGCAAUUUUUUCAGAUUGGCCCUCAAAGUCCCUGUGAAAGAACAGAUCUUCGUAUGGCUAUUGUAGCAGAUCAUUUGGGCCUGAGUUGGACUGAGCUGGCCAGGGAAAUGGAAUUUUCGGUGGAUGAGAUAAAUCACAUCCGCGUGGAAAACCCCAACUCAUUGACAGCUCAGAGUUUCAUGCUGUUAAAGAAAUGGGUUAGCCGAGAUGGUAAAAACGCUACAACUGAUGCCUUAACUGCUGUCCUGACUAAGAUCAAUCGGCUGGAUAUUGUGACAUUGCUGGAAGGGCCGAUAUUUGACUAUGGUAACAUUUCAGGCACAAGAUGUUUUGCAGAUGAUAGCGCAGUUUCCCAGGAGCAGGCUGAUGGUCAUCACAGCACUGAGCUGGAGCUCAAGAGUCCCUCAGAGCUGACCUAUGAACCCCUUACCCCUCUACACCAGGAUGAUUUCUUUAGCGAGGAUGGUAGGCUAAACUUACCCACUAGUACCCCUGUUAGACCCAGUGAACUGUCCUUGACAAACACUAGUGGCCCAGUUUUUGCAGAUGCCAAGCCUCCUACCGUCAAGGCAGAGGACACCUGGAUCAGAGGCCAGGAGUCUGUUAGCCAAGAGGAUGGGUCAACUGAAGAUGAUGUUGGUGCCAGCCACGAAUCUACUGCCUUCUCAAAGCAACAUGAAGAAUCAGAGGUCUUCCCAAGCAGCCCAGUGAGAGAGCAGAAGGAAGCCCAAACUGAGCCUACUGUUUGUGCCUCAACCAGCGUGGCUCCUGGAAAGAGUGGCUGGUCUGGUUUUGAAGAGGAAGAUGACGAGAUGACCCAAGAGAAGAUCAACUCUCUCUUGGAGAACAUUACAUUGGAGGAAGGCUCAGAGGAUGAGGAGAUGACUGAGGAGAGGCUGCAAGUGAUCCUUUCACAAGUGCAGCUGGCAGAAAAAGACAUGUCUUCAAUUUCAGGUUUGCAGGGUGAGACGUCCAGUGCAAAUGUAAAGAUGGCAACUUCAGGCCAAGGACUGGGUACUGAUACACAAGUGCAGGGAGAGUCCAGCCAAGAACCAAUGUCCUCAACCCCUGGAGUGCAAGUUGAGAAGCAAAACGGGGAACAUCUGGAGCUCCAAAUCCAAUCUCUCUUGUCGCCAGACACCAAUGAGUCUUCCAGCAAAACAAAGGGCAAAGUGAGGAAAGACUCUGGACGAGAGGAAGUGAGCAGCGAGGCUCAGGAGGACAGAGACACAGGACCAAACAGCAGGGAGGAGGGCGUACCUGUUUCUGAGUCUAAACCCCAGCAGGAAGCUCGUAGAGAUAAUGAGUCCAGCUCUGAUGAGGAAGAGACUGUCACUACCAGAGUGUAUCGACGGAGGGUCAUUCUCAAGGGUGAUCAGGCCAAAAACAUUCCUGGCGAGAUGGUGACAGAGGAGCAGUACACAGACGAGGAUGGAAACAUAGUCACCAGAAAAGUCAUCCGGAAAGUGGUGCGUCGCACAGCUGGUGUGGAGGAAAAAAGCAAGAGAAAGCCCGGGAAGCGCUCCCGGCAGGCCACUAGGGCCGACCAGGAGGAAAAUGGUGGCCCCAGGCCCCAAAGAGAGCACACUGAGGCUGAAGAAGCAGGGAGGGGCAAAAAGAAGGAAGGAAGACAAAGGGAGAAAAAGGGUCAAUCAUAACGAUUGUACAUGCUAUCUGAUUUGAAAUGGUUUCAAAAUCAUUUUCCUGGGAGGAAGAUCACUGGAAACCCGCAGGAGGUCAGAGGAUAAAGAUCGUGUGUCUGCAGCUUUCAUAAAAACAAAUGUUUUUCAGUCAGAGAACUUUUGAUUUCGCAUGAGCAUGAAAAACUUGUUUCUGUCAAUAACACGGAACCACUAACAGUCGUCCCAGGGUGUCGAGAGGACAUUGUUGGUGCAACAUUUCGAUCGAUUGGGAGUGUACCAUGACCAAAGAGGCCACAAAACACAUUGUUGAUUGACAGAAAUGGAGGAACACUUUCGAAUCACCUUCCACACUCGCCUUACAUUUUUCUCCUCUUGGACCCAUAAUAUCGGGGUGUAUAAUGCUGUGUAAUGGAGCUAUCGUUGUACAUAAAUUACACUGUAUAAUUUCUAAACUGGCUCACAAUAUUGUUAAUGCACUGGCAAGUGAGUAGGAAUGAUCUACCAAUUCUGACUUUAAGGGAAAACUUGGAUGUCACAUGCACUUGUGUAAUUAUAAGCAGUUUGUAAAUGAAAAAAAAAAAAAAAAAAACCCAAACAAAUCAGCUUAAUUUUAACAGACAUUUCUUUUAAACCUAUUGCGAUCUCAAUGAUAUGGAAUUUGGAGCCACUUUAGUUUUGUUCUAAGACUUCUUCAGAAUACUAACAUUUUCAUGCAUGUAAUUCACUUUUUUUAUUUUGAUUUUUCUAAACUGCAUAACACAAAAGAGAAUGGGUGAUUAUGUGUACACUCAUAGUGCUGCCAUUGGCCACUAUAGUUUUAUUUUUAGAAAGAUGACAGUAUCACACCACCACUGAAUCAAAUGUGAAUGGAGAUUCAUUGUUCAGUUUCACUAAAAUACACUGUGUCCCAUCACAUGGCUUUGGAUUCCCUAUGCAGUUAAAGAUAUGCCUGAAGUCUGAACUUUCACCAUAAUGUGUCAUGUCGACUGAUUUUUUACAGUUUUAACUGUUUAACUCAUGCAUAUUGGCUCUAAGAUGUAGAAGUGUUUUGUCAGUCUAUCAUUUGUAAUAAUUCUAGCCAUGUAUUUCUACUUUUCAAGCAUUCUGUGGUUUUGGGGGAAAUUUUAUUUUGGUUUUGGUGCAUUAUUGACAAUAAUCACCCUCAAGCAUUCAUGGAUGAUGGAUCUGAUAACAAACAUAUGUAUGGAAAAACAACUUACACUGGAUGAUCAAAUUCAUUAUUUAAGCUUAUAAUAAACUGUGUUCAAAACCUU